AUGAACGGCGCAGUCCAACUCAGCGACGAACAACUUCGCGACAUAUAUGCGGACAGCUACACCUCGUGGCUCAGGUGCUAUACCGCCGCUAUCCAGAGCCCAGCCCUCCCGGUCUCGUACCUUUCGGUCCACAACGCUUUCACUCGACAGCCUAGUUUCCCAGCCACUCCGUUGCCUGAACAUGGAAUACACACGAGCAACAACCGGCGAUACAUAACUGGCGAUAAAAUGCCUACAUUCCGCAUAUACUCGCAAUUUGUGAUCGGCUCGCACCACCUCGAGUCGUGGUUCCCCGGAAUGGAUUGCAACUAUCUUUCGGUCCUAAUCUUGGCCUGGGCGUUCAUCUUGUCGGCGCGCUGGUCCGAAAUCAUGCGCGUAAGCUGUGAUAUCCGCUACCUAACCUCCCAAGCACUCCCGCCUUCGUUCGCCGAAGCUCUCGAGUUCCUCGACAGAUUCUGCCUCCGCCACAAUAUCGUAGACCAAAGCCACGCAGCACUCGCUGCUGCCCUCCUCUUGCCAUCUAUAUCGGAAAGCAUGGGAACGCUCCAUCUUCCGCCUCUCGUGGCCAAUGCCCUGACGGCCAUCGACUCCUUCGCCGUGGACAGACCUUUAAUUCUUGGCCGCAUGAUGAUGGAUCGAGCACCAAAAGUAGCCUUUUUCUGGAUUGGAGCAACGGUGCUAGGCAUAGGAGAGACCCUGUUAACGAGGAUACGACUUGGAUCUUUGCCAGCCGACUUGAACACGGCCGCAUGGUCCGACACACUGCAGCAUUUUAUUCAGCAGCCCGUUCAGCCGGGGGUUUCUGAGGAUGGCAAGAUAGCCCGAGCUGAUUAUUGUCGAUUGCUAGCUCUGACACUCAACGCGGCAACUCCAGUAUUUCCAACUUCCCCCUGGAAACCGUUCGGUUUGACACCGCUUGAGCUUGCCGGACCUUCAGUUCAACUUCAUGCCGCCUUCAGGGAGCAUCAAUUGCAGUAUCUGACAUUCUUUUGGUUUCAAAAUCCCGGAAUUACUGCUUUUCAUCCUAGCACGGAUGAUAGCGUCCCAAGGCCUAGACCGAUAUCGGUCCGCGACUGGAAGCUGGCUGUGUCGGAUGAGUCGGCUUCUAAAGGAGCAACACAAGCUGUGUCCGAGUACAUGGCUGAUGUCAACCCCGACUCGAAGCGAGACGCCGAACUAUGGCAGCAUGAAUGGCUCCAGCUGCCGAGUCUUGGUUCUGGCAAGGAAGGCCAAAGAGAAGCAGAUGGUCAAAGCGGUACCAGAGACGGAUGCGAAGAGAGUGCGGAAGACGAGGACUAUCAACGAAACUUGACUUCCGAAUAG